AUGGAUCCUGACAUUGUCCAGGCCUUCCAGAAGGAACUGAGCUGUGGCAUCUGUAUGAAUACUUUCAUAGAGCCAGUCACCCUAGAGUGCGGGCACAGUUUUUGUCGACCUUGUCUCUUCCUUUGCUGGGAAGAGACUCCAGCCAGGUGCCCAGGAUGCAAGGGACCCGGCCAGCAGACAAACCUGAAAACCAACGUGGUUCUGAGGAGCCUGGUGGCCAUUGCCAGAAGAGCCAGACUCAGGCAGUUCCUGAGCUCUGAGGAAUACAUGUGUGGGACACACAGGGAGACCAAGCAGAUGUUCUGUGAGGUAGACAGGGCCCUGCUCUGUAGGAGCUGCUCCAUGUCUCAGGAGCACAGGGCUCACAAACACUAUCCUAUAGAAAGGGCUGCUGAUGUGCAGAGGAAGAUGAUUUCAAAGCAGAUGCAUGCUGUAUGGGAAAAUACUCAAGAAAACCAGCACAAUUUACAGGAGAAGAGGAGACACAGCAACCAAUGGAUUUAUUAUGUGAACCUCUACCGAGACAAGACUAAGAAUGCUGCAGCUUUUUGUCCAGGAGGAGAAAAGACAUCAUUCCCAGCUACUGAUCAAUGA